AUGGCAGAAUCAGGACCUUUGUACUUGGGCUUUGACCUUUCCACACAACAGCUGAAAGGUGUUAUUGUGGACUCGCAAUUGAAGCACAAACAUGAAGCCAAGGUCGACUUUGACGCCGACUUGGGCGAAAAGUACGGCAUUGAGAAGGGUGUCCUUACAAACCCCUCGGAAGGCGAAAUCUAUGCGCCUGUGGGUAUGUGGCUCGAGGCAGUAGAUCUGGUACUCUCAAGGCUACGAGAGGAUGGUCUCGACUUUUCACGAGUAAAGGGUGUGUCCGGAGCGGGCAUGCAGCACGGAACUGUCUUCUGGAGUCAACAAGCAGAGAACCUACUCUCCAGCCUGGACGCAAAGAAAUCGCUGGUCGAGCAAUUGGAGCCCAGCGCGCACAAGGACGAACGUAAGGGCGCUUUCAGUCACCCCGACAGUCCCAACUGGCAAGAUUCCUCAACUCAGAAGCAAUGCGACAAGUUCGACGCCGAGCUCGGAAGCCCUGAGACCCUGGCCGAUGUGACAGGCAGUGGAGCGCACCACCGUUUCAGUGGUCCUCAGAUCAUGCGAUUCAAGGCAAAGUACCCAGAGCACUACAAGGAAACUUCUCGCAUUUCGCUCGUGUCAUCUUUCCUGGCGUCUGUCUUCCUCGGCAAGUUCGCUCCAAUCGACAUCAGCGAUGUAACAGGCAUGAACCUGUGGCACAUCAAGGAGGGAAAAUGGAACGAGAAGCUGCUUGCUCUGGUAGCAGGAGGCGAAGACGGCGUUGCUGAGCUCAAGCACAAGCUCGGUCAUGUACCUGAAGAUGGUGGUGCCAGUUUCGGUCACAUCAGCAAGUACUUCUCGCAGCGCUACGGCUUUGCCCAAGACUGCAACGUCAUUCCAAUGACUGGCGACAACCCAGCAACCAUUCUCGCUCUCCCCCUCCAAGCCUCGGACGCCAUGGUCUCCCUCGGCACAUCCACCACCUUCCUCAUGAGCACACCACAAUACAAGCCUGAUCCUGCUUACCACUUCAUGAAUCAUCCCACAACCGCUGGUCUCUACAUGUUCAUGCUUUGCUACAAGAACGGUGGCCUCGCCCGUGAACACGUCCGUGACGCAAUCAACGGCAACAAGACCGACCGAUCAUGGGACAAGUUCAACGAGAUCGCCCUUUCCACUCCUCCCAUGGACCAAAAAUCCUCUUCUGACCCCAUGCGUAUGGGUCUCUACUUCCCUCGCCCUGAAAUCGUGCCCAACGUCCGCGCUGGCCAAUGGCGUUACGAAUACGAUUCUUCCUCGAACAAGCUGAACCAGACUUCUGCAGAGCAGAGCGUUGAUGCCGAUGCUCGUGGUAUCGUCGAGUCGCAAAUGUUGUCUCUACGUCUGCGUUCCGCAAACUUGGUAUCCGGCCACGAAGUCAACGGCGAGAAGCUUCCUCCUCAGCCUCGUCGUGUAUACCUCGUUGGUGGUGGCUCUGCUAACCCUGCUAUCGCACGCAUCAUUGGUGAUGUGCUGGGUGGAGCUGAAGGUAUCUACAAGCUCGACAUUGGUGGCAAUGCUUGCGCUCUGGGUGGUGCUUACAAGGCCGUCUGGGGAUGCGAGCGCCGUGGCAAGCAGACUUUCGAGCAGCUUGUUGAGGAGCGCUGGGACGAGGACGCCUUUGUCAAGAGAGUUGCCGAUGGUUACCGUCCUGGUGUGUUCGAGAAGUACGGCGAGGCUCUCAAGGGUUUCGCUGCUAUGGAGAAGGAAAUUGUGAAGUCCACUUCUGAGGGAGCCACAACCACUGGAGGCGUUUUCAUGAAGAACGAGCAUGGUCAAGGAGCAAAGAACUAA